GAUGAUGCUCGCCGCCGGUCCAUAGAAUUGCGGUGGUGCCGGCUCGCAGGCCGUUUUCGAGGCCUUGCCUGUUAUGAUGAAGUUGCGGCAGUAGCCUUCCAGACCUGGGUCCUGCCUGCUACGCUCAGCACUGACGGCCUGCUGAAGUCUGUCUCCGUUCUCUUGGUUCUCGCACAUCCAACCCAUCCACCGCGCCCUCUAUUCCUACACCACCACACCCUUCUGGAAUCCCGCUCCCUCGUCUGGCUCGCCGUCCAUUUGUGACGAGCCAGUAGAGGGCACCUUUUGGAUCGGGCCGCCGCGCAAUUUCAUGCCUCCAAAGGCAAGCAAGUCGAGAAACGCAUCCAACCGAGACACCCACGACAAAGGCCUCGCCCCGCCCGGCAAGCGUCUGCCACGCCAGCGAUCCACCGGCCAGCUGAACGCCCAGUCAAAUGGCAAGUCGACGUCCGCUGCUCCGCCUCCGCCCCUUCCCUCGACGGGUUUAAACCAAGGCUUCAAAUUUCCACGACCGCAAGACACUUCGACAGCGCACUGUGCCUCUGCUGCUGCCGCCAAGGAACAUGUGGCCGCGACGGAGGGCACGCAAAGAGACAGGACCCCAUCAGACGGAUCGCUAGACGACACCGUGCCCAGCGAAGAGAUGGUGGACAACGCGCCGGAGGCAGUGACUCCGCUGCUCGAAGUCCCGCACGCGCCAGCAGACAAAGCCUUGCUCCCUCGCAGUGCUGCCGCGCCGUGCUCUGUCUCGACCAUUCUGCACUACUACCCGCUACGCGACGCCAUCUCCAUCCUCAUCCUCUUACUCUCUCUGCCACCUACACUGGUCCUGGUCAUCCAAGCUCUGUUUGCCUCGCUGACUUUUGUCCCGCCGACUGCUGGUAUCUCGCUCUCGACGCUACCAAACAUCAAGGAGUUGUUCCACUCGCCGAAUUUUGGAACCCCGGCAAUGAUGACCGUUUUGUUCGUGGACUUCAUCUUUGGCCUGGGCUGGUUAACCAUCUAUCAGCCUGCGCAAGCCAUAUUCUUGGAUAUGUCGCACGCAGUAAUUGCAGUCUCUCUCAGCGGCGCAGCAGCAACUCCAGACGGGCCUACGUACACAAUAGCCUUGUCUGCACUCUUGGUCUGCAUCGUCCACGUGCUCCGGUAUAAAGCGAUACAUCUCACAACACUUGACUACAUCCGCUCCGUCUACUACAGUAGAUUUGGCGGCGGUAUGAGUUAUGAGCCUUUGUAUUCUGCACAGCAUUUUCAUUCUUCACCGAUACUGGAUCGUGGAAUUUUCUUCAAUGCCAUCCGAGCCUUUCUCGGUAUACACAUCGUUUCACAGGGCAUCACGACGUAUAUUAGACGCACUCUCGCCAACGCCAAAGCUAGCGAAAAGGACCCUCUCAUUCCUCAAAUCACGAAAACCGACACCGAAGCAAUCGCUGGAACGGAGGCCACCGGUCGUUCUAGCGCCAAUGCAGCAGAAACAUCACAGCCCUUGCAUGCUAUUUCUGCGACUGAUGGCCGCCCUCCUGGCCUGCCUCCUGCGCAACGCGAAAACAAGGCGCGGGAGUCGAGCAGCAGGAAGAAGCGGAAGCAGGCCAACCAGAUACGGAGCCAGCAACCGCUUUGGGCUGCUAUUGCAAGUACCAAAGUCACUUUCGUCAAAGAGAUGGAGCAGCGAGACGCGGCAGACGAUGCGCGCGAAGCCUCUGUUAUGACAAACAACUCAAGCAACACUUACAUCAACGCUAUCAACUCUACCACCGACCGAAUCUGGAUCUGCGAAGUCAGGGACACGGAGAUUUUCUUCGCUGUAGACCUCACCGCGGAUGCCGCAGCCGAAAAUGUGGAUGACAAGGAUGGGUCGCACUCGAUCCCUGCGGGAAUCGAUAGGUCCAAACCUUUUUUCAUUCGCAUCAAUGGAGCGACCUGGACUUCGACCAGGAUUGUGUCCAGCGAAGAAGACAACAGUCUGGCUGGCAACAGUUUCGUUGGCGAAAUUUUUGGUCUGGCGCCUCUCAGCAGCUAUCUUUGCGAAGUGGUGAGCAUCGCCAAGCAUUGUACACUAUGCUCGGUGAGCUUGAUCACUCAGCCUGCACCUUCCGCGGAACAGGCAGCUGCUGUACCACCUCCACCGCAACACUCAGCGCUGCGGCCCGCGUCUCCCAUCACGACUCUCAAACAGUCCAUCCAAUCGGCUGAGGCCAAACUCAAUGAGAUUCGUAAUCGUUCGAAGAAAGCCAAGAAGGACCAACGAGGAGCCCAUGCUGACAUCAAGAGGGAGAUUCAAACUCUGAAAAACAAGCUCACCUCUUUUUCCGAUAUCGACGAAAGGCAGGAAAAGAGGCUGCAGCAGAUCAGCCAGCACAAGAAUCAAGCCGAGGAAGCCACCAAGGAGAUCCGAGAACAGAUCGAAGAGCUUGGAGACAUCCCUGCCCAGGAUGUGGCCGCUUCUAAUGCGAUGCGCCAGCGAUGGCAAUCUGCGCUGAAUUCCAUGAACUCGGCACAGGCGGAACUGGACAAUGCCAAGGCUGACAAGGACCGGGACCUGAACACCAUCAGGAGCGACAUCAGUGCAUCCGAAACUCGCAAAGAGAGGCUUGUCAGCAAGAUGGCGCAGCGUGCUGCCGAGCUCGACAGGCUUCAGAACAAGCAGCAGGAACAGAUGUCUGCCAAGCAAAAAUUCGAGUUCGAUCGGCUGCAGGCACUGAAUGAGCGGGAGAAUCGGGAGAACCAGUUGCGCUUUCUCAUUGCCCAGAUGGAGGAACAAAUACAGGCGGAAAACAGUAAGGCUUUUUCCGCUUACCAGGAGUCCGCUGCGUUGUCCAACUUCGCUACGCACCCACCUCCGUAUUCCUCACAUACGCCGCCACUGCCUGUCGCCGCCAAUGGUCCUUCCACAAUGGGCCCACAUCUGUUCGGCUCACCGUUCUCUGGCAACAUGAACGGCUAUGGCGCUCCGCGUGGUCGCAGCUCUUCGAUGCUUAGUCAGUACUCCGGCUUCACCGACAACGGCGAUGAGUUUCACUUCGCGCCAACAGGAGAGACUCAAGUUCGGCAACAACCUCACUCGCAGACCUGGCCGGUACAGCAAAACUCCACCGUCCUCGGUGCUAUGGAUGACCGCAAGGCCAGCGAUGGCGAUGGUUCCGGUUCUGCUUCUCGCUCUGGUUCCACGAGUGGUAGCACCAGCCAGAACGGUAGCGCAGCUCUCAUGGAUGGUCCGAGCAUUCUGAAUGGAGUCCUCUCCAACGGCUCGAAUAGCCCUCGACCUGAAGCCAAGCCGUUCAUCCCUUCUGGCCUGCAUGUGCAACAUAAGCCGAAUCCUGGUGUUAUCGGGCCACCGAGUAAGAAGACUCCGCCUCAGAGUCCGACUGAACAGACGGGUUCGAAUGGUACAUAGUGCUUGUUAUCGUCGAAUGUAAAUGUGGUUUUCGUGUUGUGAUCAAGACUCCACUUUUUGGUUGCCCUUCGUUUCAGUCUCGGUUGGCUUGUUCUAACCUUGGCGUGUCACGGUGUCGCUGACUUUGCUGUUGUUUGUGCUUGGCCUUGGACUUCCGGUGAUGCCAAGGCCUUAGGGUUACGUGAGCAAUAAGUGGUGGGACUGACGGUGACGACGUGGUCUUCGUCCUGAGAGGUCCGGUGGCAAUAUUAUGGGAUCCCAGUACGUAUUUUACAAUGCUUGUGUGUUUUGAGUCAAAUCGGAGCACAUCUAAUGACGCUAUGUGGGAAUGUUCGAAUUUGGGCGUUUGCUGAAAACUAGUGUAAUGCAGAAGGUCGUGGAGACUGUGUGCGAGUUGCAGGCAGGACGGGCGUCU